GCCUUCAUCGGCCACGUGGUAGGAGGGACUGAAGCUCUAUCCACAUGGCACCGCGGGGCACGACAGGAAAGGAAGGAAGAAAUAGCGGUCCUGGCGAGGGGGGGGAAGGCCAGAAAGGUCAAGGCCACGUGCCCAAAUCGAAAAGGCUGCGCGUUGAUGAGGCGAGCUCGGAGAACGAUGACGACUUCCAAUCAGAGGCAGCUGUGGUGGUGGAUGAGGAAGGGACGCCGGGGGGCCAGCGAUUGGGUUUUGGGCGGGACAGGGUGUCGAGGGAUCAACUGGCUGCUAUCAGACAAGCCGUCGUUGGUGGUGUUGCCGGAGCGUCGCCUAGGACACACAAAGCGCAGAGGCAAGUUGCGGGGGUGGGUGAGGCGACGCCGCGACAGCAAGCGGCGUUCGCGCACCGAUCGUGGCAGUCGGACAGCCGCGGGAGAUCAUCACACUUCUGCAAGCGGAGUCACGGAAGCUUGAAGGUGUGGGAGAGGGGAGGGUCGAUGAUAAGCGCCGCAAAGGUGGUAAAAGAGAUGGACAACGGGAAGGCGAUGAUGAUGACGACCGACCCCUUGCAGGUUAAUCUGGAGGAGAGGUCGAGGUUGUGGGUUGAUUCCGACGCUUUUUGGGGUCAAGGCCCUAGAAAACCGUUGAGGGAGGCGAUUGGCGACUGUGCCGACUACUUCGUUGCUGUCGCCAACGGAGACGCAGGAGCCGAACCACCGUCCAUGAUCAUCAUGCCGCCGAACGAUUUGCCACGCUUCAAGAUCGACGAUCCGGCGCAGCGUGAACCGGCUUUGCGCAGAGCAUGCAUCGUGGAGAAACUGGUAAAUUAAAUGCGCACCAUCCACAGUUGGAUCUUCAAAUCGUCGUCGAGGUCGAAUGACUUCGCUUGUGCAGAGUCGUACAUCACCGUUGACUACAAUAC